AUGGGUUGUAUUGGAAGUACUUCUCGAAACUUGUAAUAGCCAACAUUCUCUGCUAUUCUGACAGAGAUUUUUGAACUAGUGCCGAGAGAGGAAACUUUAAAGGAAUUCAACAAGAAAUCUGAAAUAAUGAAAUACUUUAAUGAGUUUGACUGGGCAAAGAUAUAGCCGCAAUUUAAGUUAGAAGUAAAAACAUUGAUAGAUCACAUCGAAUCUUAUAAAAUUAGACUGAUUGACUCUGCAUUAUAUGUAGAAAGUAAAAUAAAACUGUCUUAAAAUCCCAUUAUCAUCAAAAUGUGCAUGCACAUAUUACAGGAGCUCAUACUUAACUUAGAUAAGUUUAUAUAGUUGAAAGAAAUUCCAGUUUAGAAUUAAUUGUAUGAGGAAUCUAAGAUUGAAAUAAGUCAGAGGUCUAUUCAAAUAGAGCACCUAUAAACCUUAACCUAAGUAUCAGAUAACUUUUUAAAAUUUGAAUUAGCAUUCUCUAAUAUAAUCUCCUAGUUGAUUAAUGACAAAAUGACAUAUGCAAUGUAAGAAUAAUAUAAUUUCUUAAGGGUUUGGUGGUCUUAGUUUUUGGAAACCUUGGAAUCGUUUUCAAACAAGAAAGCCAACAAAUAGUUCUAAAGCGAAAACAUUCAAUGCAUUUUGACAUUCUUAGAAUAUAUAAUAGGCACUAAGUUAGGUUACUCUGAUCAAUUUGAAUGGGUAACCAAGACAAAUGAAGAAAUGUCAGCAGUCUAAGAAUUACUUGAUCUCAUUUCAGAUCCAUUUGUAGUGAUGUCUGUAUAUAAGAAUGCCUUUUUAAGAAUACCCCAAGAAAGAUUGUUUGUGACAAAAAGUUAAAAAGCUCUAUUUAAUAUAUUGAUGAAGGAUCAUAAGAAGUUUGCAUCUCAACCUAUUUGGCACAAAUUGACAGAAACAUUUCUAGAAAGAGCCUUAAAUUAGUAGUUAUAUGAAGAAUUGUUUUAAAUGCUUUUCAAUAAUUUUGAUGAAGAUUAUUGGAAGAAUCCUUAGGAUAUCUUUGAUAUCACUUUCCUAGUUUUAGAAGUAGCCAAAGAAAUCAAUUAAUUGUCUAAUACUGAGCUAUUUAUAUUUACUAAAUUGGUUGAUUAUUUAGAUAGUCCCAAUGACAAGAAUCCAUUUGAAAGUCCAAGUGCCCCAGCUUUGAUGAAGAAAACCUCGGAAUAUAAAAGCUUUCAUGUCACUUCAAAUGUGAAAAACUCAAUCAUCAAAUUAUUAAUUAGUCUAUUCAAUUCAAUUGAAACAAAUUAGUUUAUUUUAUUUCAACAAACUUAAACUAUAAAGGCUGUUCUUAAUAAUUUAAGAAUUAAUCCAGAUGCUGAAACCUUUGAUGAUACCAAACUCUGCUUAAUCGCAUUACUCAAAUAAAUAUCAUCAGAUACCAAUAGUGUACAGUCAUUCAUACAAUAAACACUUACUUUUACUUAUCAUUACAACUUAAGUUUAAUGAAUAACACAGCCAUUAACCUUGAUAUUCUAAUUAACUUAUUAAUCAUUUUACACGAAUGCAUAUUAAAAAUAGAGACAUUCAACUCGACAAUCAUUAUAACCGAAGAAAUGAUUGUUAUGCUAAUUGAAAUAGCUGAGUAUGAUCAUUAGAUUUCAUUAAAAUGUGCUUAGAUCUUAACAUCGUUAUUUCUACAAGCAGGAAAAAUAAACUCAAAUGAAAAUAAUGAGAUCAAUUCCUAUAUUGUACCCAAUUCCAAUAUUAUUGGAUUGAGCGCAUAUUUUUUAUCAAACUCUGUUUUAAUUAGUUAUAAUGAGCCAGAAUAUGUAAAAACACUAAUCAAUUAAUUUUUUGACUUCAUUCCUGGUAGAUUGACAAAUCAACAAAUAGUUUCUAUUAUUGCUUAUUUGAUCGAUGAUUCCACAAUUAAAUUAGGAAAUAGCAAAUUAACAAAGUCUAAUAGGAAAGUUAACUUUGAUAUUUAUAAAGACAAAGAGUUAAGGUUGUGCAUGAUAAUUAAGUUAAUUUCAUUUCUGGAUGAUGAAAUGUCUAAGGAUUUCAAUGAACUUUUGUAUUCAUUUCUGGGUGCAUAGUUUCAAAUAUAUAAGAAGAAAGGAUUUGGUGCAUAUUAGGAUUUGGCAAGUUUGUUAUAGAAAAAUAACAUUAACACAGAAAUUCAAGAAAUAUUAUCGAAGUGCAACUCCAUAAGCACGAUUGAUUUCGAGAAGAUUAAGAAACAAUUUAAGGACAAUCUAUCCAAUUAGAACAAUUAAAAUGGAAUAAUAAAUUUAGAUGACAUUUAAGUGAAGGAAGAUAAUGAAAGAGGAUCAAUUUUAAAUUAGUCUUUCUAAGCUCCCAGUCAUAUAGAGUUGUAAUUGGAUGAAAGUUUUGAAUAAUAAUUACAGACUAUCAAAAAGCAGAAGAUGAAACAAGAAAAAUUGGAACAUUUGACAACUGAAUAAAGGGAGAUGAUGGAAUAUUGA